AUGGAGGCUGCCUUGGCCUUGGCUGCUACUUGCCCGUCCUUGCCCUUGGCUGUUCCUGAUAGGCCUUGGCUAGACAUUAGCAUGGAUUUUGUGGAAGGUUUGCCUAGCAUGUAUUCAAGUUACAUGGUUGUGCAGAAGGUGGGAAAGGUUUCUUAUAAACUUGAUCUACCUGUGGGGUCACAAAUCCAUCUUGUGUAUCAUGUUUCAAAUCUCAAGGCUAAAUUGGGUGCUCAUGUGGUUCCUAGACUUGCCUUGUCUAUUAUGACUGCAGAUCAUAUUCUUGCCCUUGAGCCUGUGGCUAUUUUGGACUCUAGAACUCAUCAGUUAAGGAGCAGACUCAUCACUCAGGUGCUGGUGCAGUGGCAAGGUGAGAGUAAGGAUGAUGCUACCUGGGAGAGUUUAUUUGAAUUGCAAUAG